UGGAAAUUGAGCACACGAGAGAUAGACGAGAGUUGAUAUUAUACCCUAAUUGAGCAUCUCGUCUUUUGCUUGAUGUGUUUGUUUGGUCUGUUCUGUUUUCUUUGUUUCUUUGUUCUUUUGUCUUUUCUUUGUCUUCUGUUCUUGCAGCCUCUCGUGUGGCAUUGUUAUGACCGGGGAUUUGUUGAUUCGUUGACUUUUGCAUUCAUGUCCUUCGUUUACGACCAUCAGACUGUAUGUGCAUCCGGGGGUCCAUGAACUACUGGAGGCCUUGAUGCAGUCGCUGUAUAUUUAUUUCUCACUAUAUCCAUGCCGUCUGAUGAGCGGUGGUGGGCGAUGACGGUGUGGAUGAUGUUAUAUGAGCUUGACCUUGAUGCAUAUACUUUGGAGGAGCGGUGUUGUUUUCUUUUGACCUUCGUUAUCAUUCUUGAGGAUGGUGGUUUGCAGGGUUACUGAGUUAGAAGAGAGGGUAGAAUUGAAAUAAUGAC